AUGAAUGCAGCACCCCCAGCGGGAAGCGCCCUGGCCACGCCAGCAGGUGGAGCUGGACCCACUACACCUAAGAAAGGUCCGCCAAAAUUUAAACAGAGGCAGACCCGCACAUUUAAGAGCAAAGCUCCAAAACCUGGACAGAAAGGGUUUGGUGGUGAUAUUCCUGGAAUGGAAGGCCUUGGUACAGACUUCUCAGUGGUGUGCCCCUGGGAGGCUUUUGGUGAUAUGGAGCUCAGUGACCUGGCUAAAUACGGCAUAAUUUAA